UUUUCUCCCUCUCUCUCUCUAGAACAAUAUUCUUCAACAACUCAGCGUCUCUCUCUCUCUCUCUCUCUCUCUCUCUCUAUAACGAACCCUUAGCCCUCGAUUGCAUUCGAAAUCUGUGGAUUAAUUGAUUAUUUUGAACCAUUAAUCGCUCUGUAGAGCUUCUGGAUUCGUCGUUUGAUUCUCCUUACUACGAACUAGAUAACGCUUACCGAUCCGAGUAAUUUGAACAUGGCCGAUUCUAGGAAACGAGACGCCGGAGACGAUCGUCCAAACGCCGGCGAGGAUGCGUCGGAUUCGCCGUCUACCGUCGAUUCUCGAUCUAACGCUGCCGCUGGAUCCGAGCGCGAGACUCGAGUUUCUUCAGAUCCGUCGACUGAACAAGGCGGUACGCUAGGGGAGGAUAGGGUUUUGAGGUGGCUGCAGGCGUUGGAUAUUCAAGUCCUUGGGGCUUGUCGAGGCGACGAGAGGUUGAAGCCGUUGUUGAAGCUGGACGUUUCCAACGGAGUGGCGGAAGAUCGAUUGCUCGCUCAUCUUAGCCAGCACUUCGAGCCUGCGGAGAUUGGGAUGCUGGCGAGAUGUUUCUGCAUACCGUUGGUUUCGAUUCGCGUUGGGAAGAUCAAUAAGGAAGGGACCUUAAUGCGCCCUACUCCCAUAAGGGGUAACUUGAGCCUUAUGAUCCUGCCAACAUCAGACUUGCGACUCUCAUUUAUCGGAGACAAUGGCCACUCAGAGCAACUCUUUACUUAUGCCAACAAAUCUCAUUGCUCUGCGGUGUCAAUUGAGGAGAUAGCUGCGGACAGCUCUGGUAGAUCAUUUGUUAUAAGGAUCGCAAAUGGCAAUGCUUUUUACUAUUGGUGCUCAGAGAAGUCAAAACUUCUAGGAAUUGAACUGCGUAGGAAGAUGGAUGAAUUGAUCAAGAAGAAGCCAUCAAUCUCAGAACUAACUGGAAUUGAAGAAUCACGUCUUGGCUCUGUUGCGUCUCAUCUCCGUUUGUAUCUCAUGGGCUCGGUGGUGCCUAACAUCAAAGGUUGUCCAGUCCCAACUCCUGAUUCAUCAUCGUCUUCUGGCUAUUGUGAAACAACUGCUUCCUCCUCCGCUAGUUCGUCAUCAUUGAUAUCUCUUCGGACACGUCACUCUGAGACGCAGCUGUCAAAGUCUCAUGGAAACCUCAGCUCUAGCUCAAGUUCCCUUGAAGAAAACACACUGAGAUACUCUUCUCUACAUAUCUCAUCCAGAGAUGAAUCAAUGCAAUGCAGCGAAGGCUAUUUCUCGAUUUUUGAUAGUUUACCCAUCACCACCGUCCCCACAAGUGCAGAAUGUGAAGAAGCAGCAGAUGAUAGUAAUGGAAUCGGUCAAAUUCUUUUUUCUGAAUCAGCGGACUUGGGACUAACUUCACUGACCUUACCGCAACAGUUUCCUAUGAAGAUGGGUCCACCAGUGUUUUCUCCUUACUACUGCUGGUGCCCUCCAAGCACCUCAUCGAUUCACGCACCAUCUGCUUCUUAUCAGUUCCCUCCACUAUCCAUCGAGCUACCUUUGCUUCCACCUCUUUCCUCUUUACUACCAUCAUCAGGAUCAGAUGGGUUCUUGAUUCCCUCAUCGCCACUCGAUCUCUCCGACAUCCCUCCUUUGCCUUUAGUCCACCACAUACCCAUUCCUGGCGCAACAUCAUCAUCAUCAUCUUCCCAGCAGCAGAUGAUGAUUCCUUUAAUGUGCGACCCUAUUGUUCAUAUACCGGUUAUGGAUAUAUGCUCGUCGGGUCAAGCAUAUCUGGUAAGCGCUGGACCUACGGGGAUGAUACCCACGGGCAUGCCUCCCCUCCCGGUGGAGAAUGAGUCGCUGGUGGAGAAAGGAGCAAGAGAGACGCUGAGAUUGCUCAUAAGCGGAGCCAGUGCAACAACGUCUGCUCCUUUGAACCACCACGGAAGCAGAGGUCUGUACAAUGGGACAAGGGACGUGAGUGGAGUGAGCUUGUUUGCACCCAUUGGGCUGAACCAAAACAAUGCAGGUGAGGGAGGAGAUGGUAGUGGUGAGAGCGUGAGCUCAGGCGAAGCAGAGUACGUGCCUCCCAGAGAGACUUCUGGUUAGUUUUUUUUGGUUCUUUGCAAAGUGUUUUUCUUUCCAAAAUGGAAAUCUAAAAAAAGUGUAUAGAAGGGGUAUCCUUUGCUUAGUUCUUUGUGAAAACUCUUUUGUUCAUCCAAACUCUUUUGUUCUAAAGGUGUAAUUAGUCCGUUUUCUCUUUGUA